CGAGCACGUGUCUUGGUGGGAGUGUUGUUUACGAUACGUUAGCAGCAAACACGGCCGUGUCGGGCGGCGACAACGAUGUUUCGUACGUCGGUCGGGGCCUCAGAUAAGAUUAACGCACAAAAUGUUCACGGCACGCUGCACGCCGUCGUCCAACGUCUUCGACACCAUCAUAGUGUCGGCUCGUCGUUCGCUAGUGCCGAUUUAUGGCGAUCAUCGUGCAGCCCACGGAGUUGCACCAAACAGUCCGGACCCCUGAAACGGCCGCAACGCCGUCGCGGCGGAAAUCCCGAUGGGCCUACCGUGGUCUCACCGUUCUCGACGUGUUCCUGCACGUGUUCGUCGCCUCCACGAUUGUCAUUGGGAUAUGGCGAGCUUCGUACCAACUGUACAUCGCCUACUACGAUUACAUAAACCCGUGGUUCGCCACAGGUGCGUCCGUCUUCGUACAAUUGGUACGUACCUACACCAAUGUUGUCCAGACUUGAAUUAUGAUAUCAGAAAAAAAAAAUUAUAUUAAAAACGAUUACUAUUUCUUCAAAUAUAAAUUGCACGGUUUUACAUAAGUCGUGUAAAAAUAAGAAAUAUUGAAAUUUACGGUAAUAUGUUAGGUAUUUCCCGAAACUAAAAAUACCAUUACCUAUACUGAACAAUUUUGAAAAAAAAAAUUAAUUUAAAAUUUAAAUACCAUGCUGCGAAACCAACUAAAAGGUAAAUGAUAAUGGAAAACAUUACUAAAAAUAUUUUCUUGCUUAUGUAAUAUGUGACAUGGUGUAGUUAUGAUUUUGUUGUGGGAGUAGGGUAAUUUGAUAGGUGAAUUCAUGUGUGGUUCCAUACCCCACCACCUAUACUGGAAAAUUUUUUAGUUUCUGUGUAUAGCAAAGUAGUUAUGAAUUUUACUAAUAUGUGUUCAUUUUUAAACAGAGAAAAGUUUUUCGGUUAGCAAAAUUUACCCAUUUUUUUAUGGCUGAUUUUUCGCCGGGAUGGUUUGGACAAUUUUUUUAAAUUUUCAAUAUUUUCCCGAAAAAUUGUACUUUAUUUUUAUUUUAAAAACAAUUUUUUCGUAAGUUUUUUCAUUCAAUACUUUAAAAGAUGAUGAAUUUUUACCGACAAAAAAAAAGAUAUAUCAUUACAAAUAGAUUUACUGAGGUGCAUUAUAUAACGUUAUGAGGAAUCUAACCCAAUAUCAACCCUCCAUAACUAAGCCACUGAUAGUAAAUGAAAACCUGUGCAUAAUAUACAUUUAUAAAUGUACUUGUUUAUAAGCACGUGGGACACUUUUCACGUAUUGAAUGAGUUCCUUUUAUAUAUUUACUUACGGGUAAGUGCAGUUUCAUUAUUUUUUUUUUAUAUUUAUUUCAUAUUUUUCCAUAAACUGUCCUCGCAUAAACGUAUGCAUGUAAUAAUUUAAUCAAUAUUAAUAAGAGUAUAUAGCUCUCUUAUUCAAUUGCGAGGCUUUCAUUAUAUUUUAUACAAGAGCAAAAUUAUUUAACAUUUUCCAUCGUCAUUUACCUUUUAGUUCGUUUUAAAGCAUAGUUUUUAAAAAAAAAAUGUCUUUAUUUUAUUAUUUUUAGUCUUACAAGAAAAUCAUUUUUCUUGGGUAAAUGGAAAAUCUGACCACGGGUUAUUUAUAAUGAGGGACAUGCGAACAUAAAAGUUGUAUUUUACGAUAUUUUGAAAAAAUUUUCUCGAAAGCCAUAUGAGGUAAAAAUUAAUAAUUGAAGUAAAAAUGAAAAAUCUAACAUAGGUCGCCUUAAAAUAUAAAAACGAAAACGAUUUUGCUUAAAUUACUUAUAUACCCACCGAAAAUCGACAAAAAUGUUUUAUAUUAGUUUUUUUAUUACGAUUAUAAUCGUUACGUUAUAACGUCUGGCGCAACACAAAUUUCGUAUCUUAACGUCGUAUAUUCUAGGUCGGUUUUUAACUACGAAAAAGGUCAUUCCUAUCUCUACUCGUCUAAACAAUUUAUAUUAGAAGUUGGAAAAAGUGAGAUACGAACUUUUUCAUUACGACAGGCAAUAAAAGCGAUUAUUAUGUAGAUCAUCAGAAAAAUGAUCGAAGAUCAAAGAUUAGAUUAGAAGUUGCAAAAAGUCGAUUUGACCUUGUGGCAAGUAGGUAAUACAGGGGCUUACUCACGGGAGAGAGGGGUAUCCUUUGACAUUUAUUUUUUUUUUUAUAAUUAGUUUUUGCUUUAUGAAUUUUCUUCAAUUAUUGUUUUAUUAAUGAUAUAUGGAGACAAAAUCCAAUACAAUUCAUUACUUAUUUUUUAAAUAUUUUUGAAAUCUUAUUCUGUAGAUUUUACCGUUAUGAUUUUUUUAAUAUAUUUUUGAAAAGACAGUUACAGUUAAUAAAAUCGGUUUGAAAAAAUUUCUUUUUAGACACUUAAUAAAAGCUCUUAAUGUUUUUUUUGACACUGAAAUUAAGUUUGAACAACCAACGAGACCUCUGAGUAGGUAUUAUUUGAUGUAUAAAAUCAUAUUUUUGUCCGUUAGAUACACAAAUAAUCAAAAUAAACAUUAGAUUCGUGUAUCUAAUGCAUAAUAAUAAAAGGCUGUAGAUUAAAUACACUAAAAUAUAUUUUAAAAAAUUUCUAAACGAGCAAUUACAAUUUUUUUUUUUUUUUUAAAUGAAUCAUGGUCAUCAAAUCUCAUUCCAACAAGAGUCAAUUUUUAAUCACCUAUUUUAUAUUGACUGUGGUGGUUUUAUUCCAAUUUGAGGGGGUGAAUUACAAAUCCACGUGGGGUCAUGAGAUUCUCCCAUUAUCCUCGGUGGAAAUUAUUACUCUAAUCUGUACGAAAAAUAUGCAAAUUUUGGUGGUUUUAAUUAAAAUAAAUAGUUGUCCAUAAACUAUCACAUUGCAAAUUUCUAAGCAUGAUCCUUUUCAAUUAUAUCGUCUCCUAUUUCAACAGUUUAUACAUGGAUAUUUCAUAAAUAAAAUAUUCUUUAGGCACCAAAAUAUAUCAAUUUAAGUAUGGUAAAAAAUAUUGUUCAUAAGGUACUAAUAUGAAAUCACGAAAAUACUUAAGAGGGAUAACUAAUCAUUCCCGCUCCUAAUAUAUACGCCUCUGAUUAUUGAAAUAUUUAAUAAUCCUUGUAAAAAUAACUGAAUACUAUAAUAUUUAUUACAAUAUUAUACUAUACUACUGCCUGCAAACAUUAAAAUGACAGCGAGAAAUGUUGAAAGUCGGAACCCCCAAAAGAAACAUCCUUGAUACUAAUGCAAUACAUCUGGUCGAUAGUUUUUUUUGGAGUUGUAAUUGAUUUUUUAGAAACUAAAACCUUUAAAAAAAAGGAUUUUUAGUCAAUUGAAUUCAUAACCCUAAUAAUAAUACAAAUUUAGGGAAAAAAAUUACUACUCAUAUUUAAAUAAUUACGUAGGUACCGAUUUAAUAUUUGGUAGUUUACUUUUUAUUAUUAUUAAUGUUUUUACUUCUAGUUGCUAUCAGUACUCAGUGAUCCGUUGGUAAAGUACUUCAAACAAAAAAACCAUUCGAAAAUCGCAUUUUGGGUAGUUUCUCGGGUGUACAUUUAUUCACGAUUCGUGAGUGGCAUGUUUAUGUAUGUGUGCCAGGAAUGGCUGCUCGAACUGUCAUUAAGUGAAGUGCAUAAAGUGGUGCCGAACGAAAUUGUUCUUCUGAUCUGCAUUAUUAUUUUGUGUUUGAUUACCAAGCUGGCUUCAAUAAUGGGACCUCCUACAUGUGGCUUUGAAUUCGAUCCUAAACCCGAAGAAAUAUUUCAAUUCGACAGAAUGUUUUGGCCAGAGGUAUGAUAUCCAUUUAUUGAAAUUUAAAUACUACCUGUAUCUAUUUAAUCCAAAUAAAAAUAUUUUAAAUAAUUAUGAAUCUUAUCUAAGCGUUGAUUCUGAAUACUAAUCAAUGAUAUUACCUAUAAUUAAAUAAUUAGUUGUUAAUUUCUAUUUCGUAAUAAUCUGAUAUUUCUGUACCAUAACUGAAGGGGUCAAUAAAUACAGGUUUCCAUUAAAUGACAUUUUUUUUUUUUUUUUUUUAAUUGAUAUUAUUUUAUAAAUCUACUCUUGACAUGUAACAGGUGUAUACAAAAUCUCAGAACGAAAAAGAAACAUUGUUUAUGGAGAUGUUUUAGUUAAAAAGGUGUUAUUCCACUAUAGUAUUAUAAAUGCGAAAAUUUGUUUGGAUGUUUGUUACUCAUUUACACCAAAACUACAGAACUUAUAUUUGAAAUCGAUAAGUAACUAAAGGCACCGGUGCAAUAACUUAUUAAAUUUAUAUUUUUGAUGUUAUAAUAUAUUUUUUGGGAUUCAAUAAAUUGAAUAUGAUAUAUAAUUUAAGAAUUUUUUAAAUAUCACAAUUAUUUCAAAAUGUAUAAAAAAUUUAAUUUUGAAUCGGUGUAAUAACAAGUUAAGUCCAAAUUGUAACUGAUUAGUGCACCGCAUUAUACGGAAGAUACAUUUGUAUGUAACCGUUUAAUAAAUAAUAUUAUGCGUUUCAUUUUUGUGAAAUAAACAAAAUAAUAAUCAUUGUUUUUUAUAUUGUUACCAGUUGAAUAUACAAACUGUAUUAACAAUAUUACUUGUUAAUUAUUAUUAAAUAAUCAAUAAUUAGUCAAAAAUAAUUUAAUAAUCAUUACUCGCAAACAAUGAAAAAAUAGUGACAUACUUCACACGUAGGUGGGCCACUGUUAUAGGUGAGAAGUUGGGAAGGUAGAGGGGAAAUUUAUUGCAAGUAUAUCUACACACAACGUUUAACAAUUGCUAACGAAAAACGAUUCUGAGCGGAGUUCGGUUAAAAGUGAUGCUUUAUCAACAAUAUAUAUGUCAUAUAAUGGUAAAAUAAUUAAUUACAUAUGCAUUAUAUAUUUUCUUCAAUGAUACACUCAGAUUCUAAAAUGUACACAAUAAAAAAAUACAAUCUUAUUAUAAUUGAUAAUAUUAAUCUUUUUUAUUAGGUUUAAUUAAGUAUUAGAUGCAUAUAACAUUAGAAAUAUGUAAUAAUAAAUAAAAUCCAAAUAUAUAUAUAUGUAACUUAUUAUUGCACCGAAUAAAAUAAAAUAAAAUUUCGAAACACUUGUUUGGUGUAAAAAUCAGUCAAGUCCAGACAUGUCAUACUGUUCUUGCCCCGGAAGAAUAAAUAACUAAUAUAUGGAAAUAUGAAAGGUAAGUCUAGAUUUAUUUGGUUAUUGUGUCCAACAGUAACGUUAAUUUACAUAGAUUUUGUAAUAUAUUUUUCAUGAUAUUCAUUGAACAUAUCUGGUUUUUGCACCAAUCGAUAGAGAAUUUCGUUCUCAACAUUUGUGUGUUAAAAACGGAUUUAUUUUUGGAAAAAUUGGACUUAACUAGUUAUUGCACCGGUGCCUUCGAUUUUCAUACAAUACUAAUAUAAUACUAAUUAAUUUGCAUAUUUUAAAAAUUAUCAAAGCUACCGAAUUUCAGGAUAACAUUUUUUGAAAUACAUAUUUUAUCUGCUAAUUAUGUAUAAUAAUAUUGUAUAAUACUAUAAUAAAAAGUCUAUAUACGUCGUAUUAGAGACUUUUAUGACAGGAAACGCCGACAAAUAUUUGAAUUCGGUCCAAGGAGAGUGACGAUCGCAUUGUUGCCCCUCCCCCUCAAACCAGACACUGAUAAAUAUAAAAAUAUAGGAUCCUUAGCGAGUUCUAAAUGGCUAAAGAUAUCCGAAAAAUCAUGACUACGUGUUUUGAUAUUUUGGAUCAUAUCCGUGUGAGAAUUCGCAGUGGAAACAGCGUGCAUAGUAUUCUACUUAAAUAUUAUAAUUCGAAAAAUAAAAAUUUACAUGCAAUUAAUUGAGAUGGUUUCGAAUAAUAUAUGGGAUAUUGAGAUUUGUAUUUGAUAUAAUACAUAAUAUUUAUUUCAAUACAUUAAAUAUGUUAUUUAAUAUAGGUAGAUAAUAGUAUUAAAAUGAUAAUGAUAAUAAUAACAAUAAUUAGGUCACAAGUGGCAAUGUCAUUUCUCGUAUGUACAUUUCCGGUUUUCGUAUAGGAAUCGUAAUAUAAUAUACCUACCUACGCACUUGUAUAAUAUAAACUUGGAGCAAAUCAAUUCGAAGAACUAUUGUUAUCAUUUUAAAUACAUCGUCAAUAUGUGUGUGUAUCCAUAACAAACGUUAUUAUCAUAUUAAAUAUAUGGUGGGUAUUAAUAAUAAUAAUAAUAAUUAUCAAGUACCUAUAUUAAUCCGUAUUUAAUUAUAUUAGAUACGAUAAUAUUGUAGCUAGUUUUGUCUUCGUAUUAUAUACAGGUGUCCCACCGUGUUCUACGAAUUUAUUUUCUCUGCUAGUAUUCAAAUUGGACUUUGUAUCUGCGUGACACAUGUAUAGAGAAAAAUUAAAUUCAUUUUCACUUUCACCUCUAAUCACUUAAAAAAAAAAGUAAUAAUUUUUUAUUGGAUCACUUUACAAAAAUUUCAAAAUAAUAAUUUUGUAACAGAUGUUAUUCUAAAAAUAGUAGGGUUACCAUAAAUAUCCGAUUAAUACUUUUUUGUUAAUACCAUUUUAAUAUCUAUCAUUUUCAAAAUUUCUAAAUAAAUCAUUUAUAAUAGGUACAGAAUAAAAUUAAUUUUUCAAAUAGUAUUGAUUACAAAUUCGGUUAUUUUAAAAAAUUUCAGAAAGUGAACAAAUAAAAAGUUAUUUUUUUUUUUUAUUGACUGUAUUAAAAUAAAAAUUUAAUUUUUUUUUAUUAUAUAACCCAGAAAGAAAGAAAAUGAAUAUUAAUAGAGAAAUAAAUAUCCACAAAACACGAUAGAAUACUCUAAAUAACUUGAUAUUUUCAUCUUUCUCUGCGUUUAUAAUAAUAACAUGAACAUCAGAAUAUAAUAUUUGUUUGUUAAAAAUAUUGUUUACGCACUACGAUUAUACAGUUAUCACAUCAUGGGUACACGUCAUUUACAAACAACUGGUAGCAUUGCAAAUUUGAGGUCAUGCAGAACAGUGAGUUUGAUAGGUGUAAUAGGUUACUGAUAGGUGACAAUUUGUUCAUAAGAGGAAUGAUGGUGGUAAUGGUAGUCUGGUAGUGGUGUUAAGUACAACAAAUUGAUUCAUUUUAUGUUCUUCACGUCUCAUUACAAAAAAAAAAAAGUAACAAAUCAGUAAUCACCAUUAACUAAUAUAAUUUGAAAUCGUUUUGAAUAGUAGAACGAGACGGCAUGCAAUUUUUUCCGUUUAGUUCUUCACGAAAAAAACCCUUCUGCGAUAGUAAAAAUACUAGAAAAGUUUUACACUUAAUCAAAAAACAUAAGUAAUUACCAACCUAGAAACUCAAUUCACUGUUCGUAUUAUUCGCAUCGAAAAGUUAAUAAUUUUACACUUAUCAUAUCAUAUCACUCAAAACGCAAUCAAUAUCGGAAAUUUCAUCCCAGAUUAGAAAAUAAUAUUUGUAGUUUUGAAAUAUUAACCGAAUAUUAAUUUGAAAAGGUACCUAUUUGGCCGUAAAGGUUUUGCAAAGUUUAAAACAUUUAAUACGUAAUAGAAAACACUCAGACAAUUUCGAAUCAUGUUUAGAAUCGUUUUUUGAAUAGCAUUGUCCACAUAUGCAUAAUGUGCGGUUGUUUUCAAUUCAACCAUCCUAAAGAUGCAAAGUGUAUAAGUUUCAUUUAAAAAACAAAUUCCGUGAAUAAAAAAACACAACUAUUAUAAUAUUUUAGCUAUUUGAUAAUUCAAUAUUAAUAACGCAUUUUUAUAAUAUUUAGAAUAUUAUACUCAAAAAAUACAUUACAUUUAUACAAUUAUGAUGACAUUUUUUUUUAAAUUUAUAUUAGUACUACUACCUCAUACUUAUACUUAUCGAUAUAAUACAAUUAUAAUCCUAUAAUCCUAAAUGUCUAUAAAUCCAGAUUUAUAAUUUAUUAUUCACUUCAUAGGAAAUUUCAUAAUAUUAUUUAAAUACGUAUAUUACUGUUAUGUUUUGAUUUCUUUCAGAAGACUUGUUCCAAACAAAAACUUCAUAAGAGGUUUCUUGUAGGAUUUCGUAUACGUAAAAUUUCGGAUACGUCGAAGAACUAUUUACUUAUUUUUUUAGGACUCAUACUUUCUUGUACUUAUUGUAGAUACUCAUAAAAAUAAAAGAAAAAAAGCUCAUAAUGGAAACGGUUGAGACCACUGUUGUAAGUAUUGAAAGUAGUUGGGAAGGUAGGAUACUUAAAGUUCUUUAUUCUACCUAAAACCAACGAUAAAUCUUUGCUAACGAAAAACGAUUCAGAGCGAAGUUCGACUGUACAUGCUUUGAAAAGUCGUAAUAUUUACAAUUUUUGUCGAAAUUUGAUUUUAAAACUGUUAAAAAAAUAAAAAAUACGACAUUACACUCAAUUUUUUGUUUGUUGACCACUGAGUACGACUUUUAAUGAAUCUCCUGUCAAAUUUUCAAAUAUUUCUGUAAUGUCUAAAAUUGUAUCCACAAAGUACCUACCGAGUAAAAAUUAGGUACGUAAAAUCCUAAAAGUUAAAAUGUCUAAGCAAUGUCUAACGUCUGGAGCAAUAUUUUUGGUAGAAAAAUUGACAGAAGAAAAAAAAUCAUAGAAACAAGAAAUGUUCACCGAAUACUUUUGUUCGGAUUUUCUAUAGACGUGAUAUAAAUUUCAAAAUAUUUUCCAACGUUACUGCCAAACUAUUGUCUAUCGAUCUUCCCUGUAUCUAUAUGAUUUUAAAUCCUAUUUAUACUAUAAAUCCGAAAGUUUGUUUGGAUGCUUGGAUUUUUGUAACCCCUUCACGCCAAAACUACUGAACCGAUUGACCUGUAAAUGUCCAUAGAUUUAGUUCUAGACUAAGAAUAACCUAUAAAUUAUAGGUUACAUCCCUCCCGUAUUCAACCUCUAAAAAGGGGCUAACACAGGGUUAUUGUUGUUAUUGAUAUUUUUGAUACGAAAAUAUAAUUAUUUUCGUUGAUUUAUGGAUUACUUCUCCAUACGAUGUUCAAUAUAUUUAUAUAUAUAUAUAUAAAAAUAAUGUUUUGAACUUUUUCAGACUUUUGAUUCAGAAGAAUGAUUUAUAAAAUAAAAUACUGUAUUAUAUGAUAAAAUGUUUACUCAUGGAAGGAUAAUUAACAAACUCUUAUCUUAUUUUUGUAUUAUUGUUAUUAGUUGUACAAAUUAUAUUAUUAUAUAAGAUAAAAUACAAAAUGUUAAAUUGAAGAAAAAAAAAUCCCUGACCUGGUCUACUAGCUGUACCUAUUAUAUGUUGACCUUUUUUUUAUCUAGGUACUUACUUUUAAUUAAUUAGUUUGAAUUGAGGUUUUUUUUUUGUAAAUUUCUAAAAUGAGAAUUUACUUAGUUCUAAAAAUACAAAGAACAAAAAUAAUUAAUUUGUCCUGCAAUGAUAUUUCGUUCAAUUUUUGGUAUUUUUUUUUCUAAUAAAAAAAUAAAGUAAAAAUAAAAUUAUUAAUAUGGUUAAUACUUAUAAAUAAAUAUAUAAAUACAAAUGUAUAUAUCUAUUUAAUAAUACUCCAGAUGACGCAUUCAUUAUUUUUAUUAUUAUUUUUUAUUUUUAUAUAUACAUUUUGGUUUAUAUAUUUUUUUUUAUUGUUCGAAAAAAAUAAUAUGUACACAAUAAAUUAAAUUAAACAAAUAACAUUCUCGUUUAUCUAUUUCCUUUAAUCUAAGCUUGUGAUGGCGAUAUAGUUACAUUUUUAUAAAGCUUAUAGAUUAUUAUGUUUAAUAAAACUAAAUACAACAUAAUAAUAUGAAUAUAUGUACAAAUAAAAACACGGACAUAAUUCGCACGUGGAUGGAAAGUUGUAGGUAAGCAGUUGGGAGGAUAGUAGAGAGAAAAUUGAAUGUAUAUCUGUACGCAACGAUUAACCAUUGCUAAACGAAAAAACGAUUUCGUUUGAUAGUGUUUCUUUUUUAACAAUAUAUAUGUCACAUUAUGAUAAAAUAAUUACAUAUGUAUUAUGUAUUUUCUUUAAUAAUAUUUGUUUAAUACUGUAUCUAUUUUAGCGUUUUUAUAAAUUUCCUUUUAAUAAAUAAUGUUAACAAGACUUCCUAGGAUAUGGGGUCGGGUUCACCCACUGUUAUAAGUAAUUUAAUGUACACCUGUAAGCACAAUAAACCAUUGCUAAUGAAAAACGAAUUCUGAGCGGAGUUCAGUUGAUAGUGCUGCUUUGUCAACAAUAAAUCUGUCAUAUUAUGAUAAAAUUCAAAUUAUUCCAAUUCCCAAAAUUAAAAUGGAUCCCGAUAUUCCCGGUUUUCCCAUGUAUUUUCCUGAUUUUUCAUAUUUGCUGGGAAAACUUUUGAAAAAAUCUAAAAAUGACCUCAAAAAACCUCUCCACACCAGUUUCCUUUCAGAAAAAAUUCUACACUUAAAAAUUGGAGUAAGAUCUCUGGUAGAAAAAAAAAAUAAAAAUCUUUGUAAAACCAAUAUUAAAACCUUUUUAAAUGCAUAAUAAUAUGAAAGUUAUUUUUAUCUAUUACUGUAUUAUGAUUUUUUUUUCAUAGUAUGUAAUUAUUUGCCACUAAUCUUUAUAGCUAUAUCAUUUUUUAUAUUAUUUUAUAUCUAUUAUAUAUGCCUAUGAUUGCUAAUCAUAAUAAUUGUUAUUACUAUUGUUAUCAUUAUGUAUCAUUUAUUAUUAUUUUAUUUUUAAUAUUAAAUUUACAUCAAUAAAUUAUUAUUAACAAAACCCAUUCUGAAAAACAAUCCGGCAUGCACGUCACUAUACUGUAUACUAUGGAUUAUAUUCUUUCGUUGAUACGUAUUUUUUAAAAAAAAAAAAUAUAUUUAUUAAUUGACUGUUUAAAAAAUUAUACACUGCGGGAAAUUAAAAAACAAUAUAAUACAUUUAAAAAUAUUAUUAUAAAUAUCGAACACACAAAACUGCACGGUAUUCGUCUUCAUAUUAGUAACGAACAUGACAGAAUAAUUAAUAUGAAACUUUUCGACAGUUGAUCGCAUCCGUACUAAGUUUACAAAUAUUAAAAUCUAUUCAUAUAAUAUUUCGUAUUUAAUUAUUCGGCUAUGCGAAAAUUAUUCCGAUAGUUUUUAUUCGGUUAUAGAAAAACUGUUCGGAUAUUUGUUCAACAUAUUCUGUCAUAGAAAAAUAUCUGAAUGAAAUUUUCGAUAAGUCAUCUAUCGAAAAUGAUUGAUUACACAAAAUUCAGCUUUAUAGGAUCCUAUAUUUCUAAGGUAAAUUUAAAAAAAAAAAUACAGACAUACUUUGCAUGAUGGGUGGGUUACUGUUGUAGGUGAGAAGUUGAGAAGGAAGGAUAUAGAAGGGAAUUUAAUGUAUACCUGUACGCAACGAUUAAUAAUUGCUAACGAAAAUCGAUUCUGAGCGGAGUUCGGUUGUACUAGUUUCGAAAGACCAUAAUACUUAGGAUUUAUCGUAAUAUUUACAAUUUUCCUCAAAAUUUGGUAUUAAAAUUUAGAACCUUCGAAAUAUUUUUAUAAUUAAAAUAUCGGUAAAUGUACUUUUCCUGAUGAAUUUAAAAAUUCGCUAAUAGUUUCUUUGUACAAAUGUGGUCAUCAUAAAUAUUUAAAUAACUAUAUAUCAGUUUCAAUGUAAAGCAACUUCUCAAACAUUUUAGAAAAAAUCAUUUAAAACCGACUAAUAAUAUAUUUAAAAGGUACCGAACUUUUGUCGAAAAACUAGUUUGAUUUCAGACUAGGCUUAGGGACUGAAAAUUAACUCAAUAACGCUAGCAAAGUACGAGCUAAUAUAUAUAUAUAUUGUAUAAUAAUCUUGACAAUUGUAAAAGAAACCUUAGAAGUUACCUAGCUAGGCAUUUGAUACAGUAAACCAUAUAACGAGCUAAUUUUAAAUGUUCAAAGAAGUUAGUUUGAAAUGGAUAAGUAAUCUUACAGAUAAGUAAAAAUUAGUUAAAAUAAAUGACGAAUUAGGUCAAAAAGAAAAAAAAAUUACAUAUAAAUUAAAUUAUAGCUGUCCCGCGCCCGGCGUUGCCCGUGCUAAUUUUUUAUUCUCUUUACCUUUAUUUCCAUUUUACUUUGUCCAUAUCAGUAUAUUAAACUAAAAAAAAGGCUAGAAAGUGGGUAGUUCGUAGACUAAAAGUAUUCUAGUGUAUCAUACAUUUUACACUAUAAUAGCCUUGAAAUUAUGAGAAAAUAGUAGGACUGUAAUAUUGUUGCUAUACCAAAAAAUACAAAGAUUCAGAGAUGCCGUUUUACAUGUUUUCAAUUUUCACUUACCCACCUACCCACAGCGCAUAGUUUUUUGUUUUUUUUUUUCAUAUUACCAUGGUAACCCAUCCUAUUUCAAGCCAAUAAUCGACCGGUAAACAGUCAGAUAGACUCUUUAUUUUAAGUUGGUAUAGUUGUAGUAUUUUUAUUUCUUUUUAUUAUUUGUUAUAUUUUGUUUUUAAAUUUUCUUCGUGUCAUCCGUGUUACUAUAGUAUUCUUUAAUUCAACAAAAAUAAUUUAAUUUUGGUUUCAAAAAUAUCUAAAAACCUUUUAUCCCUUAUUUCAUCUACUUCAAGUUUUAUUUUCGUGACAAGUAGCCUAUGUUUUUCUACAAGGUUACAUCUAUCUCUAUAUUAAAAUUCAUCAAAAUCCGUUCAGUUGUUUUUAGAUGAAAGAGUAACAAACGUCCAUGCAUCCUCACAAACUUUCACAUUUAUAAUAUUAAGUAGCAGGAUAAGAUUCUAAGUGAAACGAGGAAUAUAGGUACUGGUUUACAAUGAUGUUUAUUUUUUUUACUAUGAACAACUUUUCUACCAACAAUUUUGUUAGGAAAUCUGAAAAGGUGGUCCGUUAAACAGGUGAUUUUUUUAAUUUUCCCAAAAUUUUUCCAUUAAAUGGGAAAAACUUGGGAAAAUUAUUUAUCUUCGCCCAUAGGUCCACUAUUGUAGGUGAAAGUUAGGAAGGUAGGGAAUUCAAUGUAUAUCUGUAAGCAAUGAUAAUCCAUUGCUUACGAAAACACGAUUCUGAGCGGAGUUCAGUUGAAAGUGCUGCUUUGUCAACAAUAUAUACGUCAUUAUGUCAUAUUAUGGUAAAAUAAUUACAACAAUGAUUGUUUGAAAAAGAUUAAAAUAAUAAAAACUUAACAAUAACAAAAAUAAAUAAACACGGUUGAAAUGACAACCUAUUUUUUAAUUUUUCGAUCUUGUUUAACUUAAAGAACCAGAUUUUUCUCAUUAUCUUGAAUUUUAAUAAGAAUUUCAAAAAAUGGCUUCUUAAAAAUACCAUCCAGAGAACAUUUCCUUUCUUAGAAAAGAUGCUAUACUUGAUAAUCGGAGUAAACUUUCUGGUAGAAAAAGUGUCCCAUAAAAAAAUAAUAAACAUCAUUUUAAAACCAAUAUUUUUCUUGUUCCACUCAAAAUCUAAAAUAAAGGUAAAAUAAUGGGAACGAGUACAGCCAAUAGUGUGGUAGAAAGUUAGAAAGGUAUGAUAUAGACGGAAAUUCAUAAACAUCUGUAAGCAACGAUAAACCAUUGCUUACAAAAAAACGAUUCUGAGCGGAGUUCAAUUGAUAAUGAUGUUUUGUCAACUAUGUAUAUGUCAUUUUGGUCAUUUUUUAGUAAAAUAACUAAACAGGUUUUAUAUAUUUUCUUUAAUCAAAUUUGUUUAAUGUUGUACCAAUUUUCCUGAUUUUUUAAAUUUGAUGAGAAAAUUCCUAAAAAAAAUCAUUAUACAACCAAUAAAUUCCUCGCUCCAUUCAGAAUCUAAAAUAAGUAUUUUUUUCUAAGAUUUGAGGACAAUCAAGCUUAUUAUUUAAUAAUUUAUAAAAAUACAUUAAAUUUAAAUACCUUCUUCGAACAUUACAAAUGUCGAUAUUUUAAAGAAACACAAAACUCAAUCAUACGAAGAACGAGGUGAUCUUUGUACAUUACAUUUGUAGGAAAUGAAUCUUAAAAACGAAUUUUGGAUGAAUUCUAGAGAUUAAGAAUGUUGAAUACUAGUAGGUGACCAAAUAAGAGUUGCAUAUUCAAGCUGUGGGCAUACUAAAGGGAUAUAAAUAUUUUUUGACACAUAUUAUCAGUACAGUAUUGUCACUAUGAUUGCUGAAUUAAAUUUUAUUUUAUUCUAUGGUAUAAGAUAGUAUUCUAUUGAAUGUUUAAUACGAUUUUAAAAAAGCAGUAAAGGAAGAAAUUUUGGGAGGGGGGUUUGACCCUAACCCCUUUUGUGUGUGCCACUCCGUAUAGCUAUAUACUAUAUUAUAGUAUAGUAUAACUAAUCCAAAUUUAUAUUAUAAUAAUAUUAGUAUGUUGAAAUUGUUAUCUAGGUAGGUAUUAGGUAAAUAGGUACCUACCUUAUUUUUAAUUCGCAAGGUUCGAAGAGUAUUUGAUACCGCUGGUAAAAAAUAUAAAAUUUAAUUUAAAUUGUUUAUAUUAUAUUUACGGUAUAAUAUAUAUAUAUAUAGGUAUAUAUAAUAUAUAUCAUUAUAUUUUUGAUUGCUAAAUAUUUUUUAAAGGUGUUAUUAUAAGACCUUAUUAAUAUAUAUCACAGGUCAUAUAAGAAUCAUCAAUAUGUACAAUUCUAUUAUACAUAUUAUUGAUCAUUGCGCAUCUAUUUCAUAAACUAACGAUAUAUUUAAUGCUGGUAAAAAAAUAAAUAAAUAAAAUAUCUAAAAAUGGAUCAGUUGCAAUCACAAAUUUCGAUUAUGUCAUUAGUUUUGGAAUUUUUUAAUUAUCCCUAAAAUACAAUCGUACAAAUUUCUUUGUGUUAUGUAAUUCUAUUUUUUUUUUUUUUUAUUGACAAUAUGCAAUAUCAUAAGUAUGUUGGUACUUACAAAGCAGGGCACGCGCAAAGCGAAGGGGUCGAACUGGGCAUACGCCAAGGGCUUAGUAUUUUUAUUUUAUGUUUAGUAUCUCGCAAAAUAAUUUAAACCAAUUAUAAAUUUAGCACCGGCACUGCCCGGAGGAGGGAUAGAAAGGACAAUUUUCUCCUUGGAUUUGUAUAUCAGAAAAAAGAUUUCACCAGCGUUUCACCUUGCUUGUUAAUAUUGCUGACAUUCUGAAAAGUAACUAUCUGCACGGUUUCUGAUUUCAAAUUGAAGUAAAUGUAUAUUAUUAUAUUUAUAAAUUGUACAUAGAUAAACAGUAUAAAUCCCGAACAUUCUUAAUUGGCACAUUACACGUAUUAUUCACGUACGUUUUUGGUGGUGCCUAUAACAAUAUUAUAAUCAAUUAGUGUUAUAUGUUCAUUUAUGAUUGAUCAAAAGCAAUUCUAUAAUUUUUCGAUUUUCUGCGGGGCGAGAGUGAUGCAUUGGUUUUAUAACGUACGUUCCUCCCACACGGACUUUUUUCGUUGGGGUGGACAAACCUAUCAUUUUGCUCCCUCACAAUUUAAUUUAAUUUUUAUAAAAUAUUUAAGUUAUAAUUCUAUAAGAAAAUUAUUACCCAUGUUAAAUCAAAUAGUAUGUACAUUACCAUAAAUAAAUAUAAAUAGAUAUGAAUGAAAUGUCCACAUAGAGUAACACGAUAAUCCUCUUUUUAUUACCAUUACCCUUAGAUAAAUAUUAUACAUUAAUAUCAAUUGAUAAACCUACUUACUUACCAUCACGAAUUAAAAUAUACUGGAUACCCAACGAUACAUGAUAAGGUGUUACGAUAUCGUACUAAGCCAAAUUCUUCCAGAUAUCUGUAAAUCCUGAUAAAUGAUCAGUAUCCAAGAACUGGUCUUCUUGGAUAUCGGAGUCUGUACUCUAGCACUACGGCUCGAGCAUUGCUGUUACGAAAUCCUCAAUACCAGCAAUGUGACCGAAUGGUAAAUCAAAUAGUCUUGGCAUUUUACUUACAAAUUAUUAGUUAAAGACAACAAAAAUUUAACUAAGUAAAUAUUAAAAUGAUAGAACUCAUGGAAGACACGAAAAUAAAACUACUAAAGUAUUGUAGGUAUUUUUCAGUAUAAUAAUAAAAUAAAAACUGUAUUAAAUAGGAAAUUACUUGGAGUUUUACGUGAUUUUUUUUUUUUAAAAAUACAAAUUUUUGACAAACAAUAAUUUUUACUUUUUUCAAUUCAAUAAAAAUAUUUUGUACAUUUUUAGUCUAAUUGUUUAUGUUGGUUGAUAACACGAUAGAAUAGCUACAAAAUAAAAAACAAAAACUACUUUUAUAAGUUGAAAAGUUUUCAAGAUACACAACAAAAAUGCAUAAUAAGUACGGUUUCGUUAAAAAAAAAACUUAAAUUGCCCAUAAUAUAAAAAAUAAAAGUGUUAGACCACCACUUUAAAAGGGAUUUCUCCGUAAUUUUGGGAGUACUCUCAUAUGACGCCAGUCGGUCACUCCCCCCAGGAACAAAUUGUAUAGUAUUCCUGCGGGGGUAGAUAUAACCAAAUGGUUAUAGAUAUCUUGAUAGUUACUUAAAAAUACUAUCUCAAUUGUUUACAAGUAACAUUAUUUUAAUGUUUAUUAUUCAAUAUUGAUGUGACAUUUAAAAUCGAUAUUACUACGAUGACCUGUAGACAUUUAUUUUAAAUAUAAUUUUUCUUAAUUAUUUACAAAAAACAUUGUUUUGAUGUUUAUUAUUCAAUAUUGAUGUGACAUUUAAAAUCGAUAUUACUACGAUGACCUAUAGACAUUUAUUUUAGGUAUAAUUUGUCUUAAUUAUUUACGAAAAACAUUAUUUCGAUGUUUAUUAUUCAAUAUUGAUGUGACAUUUAAAAUCGAUAUUACUACGAUGACUUAUAAACAUUUAUUUUGUAAUAACCUCCUGGUUCUCAGACCGCGAUAACCUUUCAUCAGUUUUAAAAGUUUCCAAUCCUGACGGUUUACGGGGCUCGGUGGUGAUAAUACACGAAUCAGUUAUUAGGACGCGUUAUUUUAUAACGAUAUAUAGGUACAUGUAAAUGUGUAGUAAACAGAUACGAUAUUUAUAUUAUUUUGUAAUUGUAUUGUCGUCUCGCUCCUGCUCCGGUAGAAUAUUGUGACAAUACAGUUAUUAUUAGCCGAACGUUGUCAGACGAAAUGUCGUGCAGACAAAGGCGUCGACGACGGGGUACAGUAUGGGGAGUCGGAGGCGAGCACAAUGUGGUCCCCGUCCGUCCAUAAUGUCCCGGUCAUUAUUAUUAUUAUUAUUAAUAUUUUAUUUGUCGUUCGACAGAGACGUGUACAAAGUCGCAAGUAGCAAAAAUUGUUCCAUCCGCCCGAGGCCUGCAGUCAUAGUUGUAUAAUAUUUUAGUUGCGUGCGACCAUGUCGGAGAGAGUUAACAACGCGCGCGCGCCGCUCCGUACCUACUGACCGCCGCCGCGUGUGUAGCCUAACUACCGCGGCGACGACAACCACCACCAUCGUCGUAGCACCAUUCGCACCGGCAUCGCAUAUCGCAUCUGACCUCCGCGCGCGCGUUACCAUCGCGAUCAUGACAUGGCCGACCGGUUUUCGCCGUCGCUGAACUUCCGCCCCUUUUUAUCGUGCUGCUCUUCUGCCGCCCAUAGACGACCGCCGCAACAUCAGCUCGCCGACCCUUUGCUGCAGCUACCGCAGACGCAAUGACGUCGUCCGUGGCGUCGAUGCGGCGAGAGCUCGGCGACGGGCCUGCCUCACUGGUGGCCCUCGACGCUGUCCUAUCCACGGCUGUCAUCACGCCCGUGGUAGUAACCUAUUGGAGGAUCACGUGGAAGCUGAUGGACAUAUACAUCGUGCCCGGGCACAAAAAGUGGAGCACCGCCGCGUCCAUGAGCAUUGGGUUCUUUGGACUAUUCGUGUUCACGCUCUUCCAGCACCGGCUCAAACGGUACCUCAAGCCCAGGAAGCACACGGUCAUGUACUACGUUAUGUCCCGAGGAUACACGGCUGCGUUCGCGUACUCGUGCGUGAAUUCGUGGCGUGGUAUCUGGGACCUCAUGGACAUAGUGACGGGCACCCGGACACCCGUUGUCGCAGCGUCUGUGGCCCUGGGCAUAUGCAGUCUGGCCUUCAUGAGGACUCUGCGCAACAUCAUCGCUCCCCCAAUAGCUAUACUCACCGAUAGCUACGACGGAUACUUCGAGGUGCCCACGCUGUUUCGCAUCGGCGUCCGAGUGAGAUUUCUUACCUAUAUCUCUUUUCGUCUCAUCGAGUUGUGUAGCUUUUAUUUUUCCACGCUCGCAAGUUUGACGACUGCUUGGUGUUUCCAGGCCAACUCUUUUCAUUUAUAUAGUAAAAACUACGGCAUGACUUUGGAUAGGUACUUAAAGUCUUUUUAAAAGAUAAAAAACACUUAUGGUUUAACGGAUUAAUGAAUUAAUGGUUUGUUUUAGUAGGAUAUUUCGGAUUAGUAUAAUAACUUGUAAACAUUUUUAUUGCUAUCGGUAAACUAAACAACAUAACGAAAAAAUCUUGGAACAAUCAAAAUAUAUAAUGAAAUUUAUUAUUAGAAGGUAAAUUCGUUAAAUGUAGAACAAUUGAAUAUAUUAUUAAACAUAUUAACUAUUUUAGCAUGUAUCUGCUAUAAACGUUUCAAGUAAAUGUUUAUUUGAUUUCUUGCAUAAUGUAUUACUCGGUAAAUUACAAAAAAAAAAAAUAUUCUUUAAGUCUAAAUAUCUUAGAAAAUAAUAUUCACUAGUAUAUUUACCAAUAAUGAUAUACUUCAAUAAAAAUCAUAUUAUUUAUUUAUUUAUUUACGGAAAAAAAAAAAUCCCAUUUACAAAAAAUGUAUGUAACAUAAUAUUUAUAACAGUUGAAUGUGUGUAGAUAAAAAUAAUAAAUAUUAUAAACAGAAUAAUAUAAUAAUAUUAUAAAAUUAAAUCUAGUGUAAUAUUUGUUUAGUAUUGUUAAUGUUACGAGAACAAAUUUCUAGUUUACCAGAAUUACCAACAUUAAUUGGAGGGCAAGCUGAAUAAUUUGAGAGGAUUUUUCGUAACAAAAAAUGUAUUUGUAUCUCUAGUGUUGUUGCAGUUAAUCUUAAAAUUAAUUUUUUCUAAUAAAAAAUUACAAUCCACUCUAUUAUUAUAGCGACUUAAAUAUAAAAAAGCAUAAAAUGUGGUUAUUUCUUCUGGUUUUUAAGGAAGCCAUACUAAAAUAUCCCAGAAUUCCGUCAUAACUAGUAUGUGGUUGUCUUUCUACUCUGUAUUUAUAAGAUAAAAAUCGCAAUAAUGCAUUUUGGACAGAUUCUAGCCUUUGAGUGGAUAUUAUAGAGUUGGGAGACCAAAUCAGCGCAACAUAUUCUAAUUGAGAGCGAACCAAUGAAAAAUAAAUAUUUUUUUAAUGCUAGUAUGUUAUUAAAUUCUGAACAACAUCGCUUAAGAAAUAAUAUUAAUAAUAUUAAUAAUAUUGUAUUAUUAUUUCCUAAUUUUUGUUUUAGGAUUUAUGAUAAUAAUUUUACUAAUAAUAACAAUUAUAUGCUUCUACAUAUACUAGGUAUCUUAUGUAUACCUGCCUGUAAGGAUUAUUAUUUUUUUUAACUAUUAAAUUCAAAUGUAUUGCUAGUACAUAAUAAUGUGCGUAUGUCUAAAUAAAAUAUAUUGAGGUAUAAUGUUUAAUUUAUUAUUCGUAUAUUAUAAUAUAUGGUCAAAUUGGUUUUUUAUAAUUAAAUAUUACAUAAUCGGACGAAUAUUAUGAAAAUGCUACAUAGUAUUUCAAAUAUAAUUUUAUAUUAAUACCUAUAACAACUACUAUACUAUAUUAUCUUAUAUAACCUACUUCUAAAAACAAACAAUUCUAGAUAUUAGAUAACCUGAUUCAACGUUUACAUUAUUUAAAACCGUCGAGGUGUAUUUAUUUUCUGUCGAAUCCACAAGACAUUUACGAGAUACGAAUUUGAAUUAUAUUUUUCGGUUCGAGUAAAAUAUUUAAAAUAUUAUGUGUAUACAUUUUACACGGACAAAAAAAUGUUUUAUUAUAUUUGAGAAAUCAUUUAUGGUGUUUAUUUCAAACAAUGUCAAAGUGAUAAAAUUAUGUUUGAUUUAUAUAUUGUUACAUAAUAUUAUUAUUGAUUAUAAUAAUCAUUAUUUAUUGACUGUAAUGUCCUGCACGUGGAUAUUUUCAGUGUUUGGAAAAUUCCUUUUAAAAAGUAAUGCAUUCUCAUUCACAUUCCUGAGCUGAUAAAAUUAAGUUGAGCUUUCCUAUCAAUCAUUCCUUAUUUUCAUAAUGAAUGUAUUCCACACUCACAUUCAUCAAAAUUUCCAGUGCACAAAGAAUUCAUUCCAACUGCAUUCCAAAAGAAGAAGUAUUGUGAAUAAAAAAAAAACUCAAGAUUACAUGGUAUUCUUUCCUACAAAUUAUUAUUAAAAAAAAGAAGAAAAUUUUACACAUUACUUUAUUUUCCAUUUUACUUUUGGAAUUAUAUCAUUUGCAUUCACAUUCCAACAUAAAAUAAAUGAAUUCACAUUCGUUAUUCCAAAAAAAAUUAAAGUGAUUGUAUUCAAGAAUGUAUUCCUAUAAAAAAGAAUUAAAUUCAAUGAUGCAUGCUUUUCAAACAUUGGAUAUUUUCUUAUUUUAAAAAUUGGAAUAUUAAUUUUAUUAAAAUGUAUAGAAUGUAUCAGGUUACCUAAAUAUUGUAUUAAAUAUUAAUAAAGAUAAGUACCAUCAAUAAAAUAUAAAAUAUCUAAAACCAUUGAUUACCUAUGUAUCAUAAUCACCUGAAUCGUUAUGAUUCAAAAUGUAUGCUCAUACAUGAUAUUAUUUUUUUUUUUUGAGACAAUGAUUACAUUUUGUGACGAGUUUAAAAAUAAAAAAUUCUGAAGAUGCUAUAGGGGAAUUUUAAAGACAACCGCUUUAGUUUAUACACGUUUCAAGUUUUAAUGUAGGUACCAUGCCCGAAUAUAAUAAAUUUGAAAAUAUGUACCAAUUUUAAGUCAAUUCACACCUAUAAUAUUUUAUAAACUUUUUUUUUUUAAAAACGUUUAGGCUAUACAGUAAAAAAAAAUAAUUGCCGUGAAGUAUUUUUUAAGGUCGUUGAGUCCGUAAUAUACGACAUUCAUCAGAGUUUAUGAAUCCCUCGUCUAUUAAAAGUCUUUAUUGUGUGUUAGUUAGAUAGGUAUGUAUUAGAAUAUAGAUCCCAUCAUUUAUCAUCCGUUUGCGGAAAGCCAAAUUAUUUAUCUUGAGCUAGUUCAAAACCGAUUCCAUCGUAUACGAUGUUGCAUUGUAGUGCUCGAAUACACUAAUGGUGUCUUAUUAAUAUUGUCGACUGUCACCAUACGAUACACCUUCCUAUCAUCAAUAAUAGGCAUGUAAUUGUGAGUAAACAGUUUACUGAUAACGUUUUUGUAAGUUGGUUACUGUAUAGCUCUGUUACUCUUUCUAUAGUAAACAGCUUGGUAAAUUUUGAACCGCCAAUUUCGUGUUGGUACCUAUUAAGAAGUUUUACUAUAUAUUUGGAUGUUCAGUUACUAACAAUCAGACUAGGUAAGAUAUAGAUCUAAAUACGUAUAAAUCGUGUGAAUCAUGAUGUUUAAUUUAAUCAAAUGCGCAACACUAGUAUUGUUGUUUAUACCUAAUUACCAAUCGAAUUGCAACUUUGGAUCUUUUGUCCAAACGUCCAAAGCUUAAAUUUUGAAUAUUUCUCCAUACCUCUGUUUCGAAAUGAAUACAUUUUUUAAUUAUAGGUACAUUAUUAAAUCCAUACUAAUAUAAAUUCAAAAUUAUCUCUUUUUAGAUUUUAGAUUCUGAGUGGAAUGAAGAAGUUUAUGGUUUUACAAAGAUGUUUAUUUUUUUUUUGGACAGCUUUUCUAUCAGAAGUCUUGCUCCGAUUUUUACAUGUAGCAACUAUUCUGAAAGGAUAUCGGUGUAGAGGGUGUACCUUAAAGUGGUCAUUUUUAAAGAGUUUUCCCAUCAAAUGCGAAAAACCGAAAAAAAAAAACGGGAAAAUAUAUGAAAUACAACAAAUAUAUUUUACUACCCGGAGUUUUACUUUACUCUAAUAUGACAUAUAUAUUGUUGACAAAGCUUUACUAUCAAUUCAACUCCGCUCAGAAUCGUAGCAAUGGUUUAUCGUUGCUUACAGAUAUACAUUAAAUUUCCAUCUGUAUCCUAACUUUCCAACUUCCCACAUUCAACAGUGUCUGCACCCGUCCCCUAUAUUUUACCUUUUUUUAUGUUGAUUCGACAAUUAUAGGCUAAUAUUUUUUUAUUUUUUUUACAAUUUAACAUGCUGAAAAUCGUCGUUUUAUCACUAUUUAAAAGCGUUGAAAAUGAUCUGUGAGAUGUGUGUGUAGGGACUGCCACCAGGGAUAAUAUAAUCUAAAUUUCACGUUUAGUGACUAAAUGUACAACGAAGCACAAACAAAGAUUGAAGACCAAGUGAUAACUAUAAUUGGAAAAGGUUUAUCAGAUUUUGGGACGAGUAACUACGUAAAACCAGGGAAGUUAGUUCUUUAAUCCGAGAAUUGGAUUACGAUUCAGCAAAUUUAUAACAACAAAUAACAAAGUCCAUUCCACGUUUAAACUCAAAACACAGAUUUUUUUCAAAUAAGAAUCUAAUCUUUUAAUUGAAAUUUUAAAUCAAAUGAUUUUUCUGAAAAUGAUGACGUAUCGAAAUUUGAAGUUUCUGAGUUAUUCUGCUUUAAAAUACUAAGAUAACAAUCUAAAAAGGAUUAUUUGUGUAGUGGCACAGUGAGCUGCGUUUCCAUAAAAUUCCUUUAUACUCUUCCCUACCAAAAAUUUAAAAAUGGAAUAUCCGUUAAUCCGUUGACGAUCAGGUCAAAAAAUCAAAAUUGGUAUCACUACAGGAUACUCUUAAAUGUUAUGAAAAAUCUAAGAAUUCGAAAUUAUCAGCUUUGAUUACAAAUUAGAACUUUAAUUUAUGCACAAUUUAAUGGUAUGAGCAUGCUUAGUGAAUCACUCUGUGUAUAUAAAUAUGUAUACAAUAUGUAGUAUUGGUUUAACUAUGUAAUAUGUGAUUUUUUUUUUCGUCUAUGUACAACUUUUAUACCAGAAAUCUUGAUCUAAUAUAAUCAAAAAAUAACAAGAGACCUUUUCUUUUUUUUAUUUUGGACCUAGUUGAUGCAUUAAGGGGGUUAUUUUAUUGAUUUUUCGAGCGGUUUUUAUAAUAAUUUGGAACUUUACGAAUUAUUUCAUUAAAAUAUGAGUUUAAAGUAAAACUAUGAUUUAGGCACAAUAAUAACAAAUUAUUUUAUUGAAUAGAUAUUAUUUACCUUGUGGUUAUCAAUCCAUCGUGUUGGCAUUUCAGUCACAGUUAAUCUUUAAUCGUAAACUUUAGAGUCUACUAUAGUUACGGAACCAUAAUAUUUAUAGCGAAGCUUCGAUCGAUUCGGACCUGGAGUUCACCAAAAAAUAAUAAUUUUAUGCCAAAAUUGUCAAUGAUAAUGCAAUAUAAUGUUUGAUAUGGAAAUAAUUUCGUGUUUAUUUAUUAUACACACGUACACACAUAUUUUGUAAUGCAAAAUAAUCAGAAUACACACUUUGAAUAUCACUCUCAAGAUACACAAUAAUUUAGGUUCUGCAAUAAUUCAUUGUUUUAAAAUCGUAUAGUAUAUAAUUCAAUAGCAUGCGUUAAUAUAGAAAAAUGAGUAAUAUUGACGGAAUAAUAUAUAAUUGUUAAUGUUAGGUAAAAAUAAUAUAAAUAAUUAUAAUAAUGUACAACAAUCGUAUUUAGUAAAAAUAUAUAUAAUGAUUUAUAACCGUUAUAUAAUUACAGAAUGGUACUGGAUCGUGGCUAUACGUUUUGGACAGUUUUUUUAGCGUUUGUAUUAUCGGUUCGCUAGUGGUCAUUGUUUGGCGAGGUGUUUGGAACAUUAUGGACAAGUGUUUGUAUCCAGAAACUAUGGAUUUUUCCGCUAUUUUAUCGCUGGUAAUGAAUAUUUAUAUUUUUCACAAUAUACAUCUAAAAAAUAUAAUACGAAUAUAUUUCUAUUUCAAUUAUUUUCCUGUCAAAAUUGAAUAAUAAAUUAUUCGAGUAUAAUUUAACAGUACAGUACAAUACAGUAAUAUACUACAUAAUUGGGUUAACUAAAUUAGGUUAAAUCUGUUUUUAAAUCAAAGUAUAAGUACCUACCUAACUUUGAUUGAUAAUGACGUGUUUUCUUUUUCAAGAAAACACGUGUGUAUUGCAUGUAUUGUAAUAAAAAUAUAUUAUUCUAACUAAAUUUCAGGUGAAAAAUACCAGCAAAAAAAGAAAAACUUAAUUUAAUAUUAUAUACUUCCUUAUACAUAUACUUCAGUAAAAUAUCUCCUGCAAAUUUAAGAUAUAGGACAAUAUUAUUUAUAAACAUAUUAAAGUAACAGUGUUAUAACAUGUUGGAAAUAACUUUCCCGAGACCGGUUUUUUCUUUUUUUGUUUUCUACUAGGUGCAUGGCUUCUAGCUAUGUAUAGUAUAUAACUGACUUUAUAACGUGCGUGAAGUUGGCUCUACACUUUAUCAAAACUAGUUCAAAAUAGCGCUAAUAUUUUGCAAGUAAUUUGCAAGCAUUUGUAGUUCAAUCCCAGAAUUCGCAAAUUUAUAAUAAAGGAGUUAUUAAGGGUUGAACUGAUUAAGGGCCAAUUUCAAUGGUAAAUAUAUUACACAAAUGCCGUUAUUUUAACGAUUUUUGUUUUAAAGUAGGUAUUUUUAUUUUAAAACAGUUAUAUAAAAAAAAAACUUUUAUAUAAAACUCAAAUUUUCUUUUUUAACCACAUAUAUUUAUAAAAUUUAUAAUAUAGUUUACCAUUUGAAAAUCAAAAGUAUGUAGUGGUUUAUCUUCAAAAAUAAGGAUGACCAAAAUUAACAUAAAUGUGACAUUAUAGGGCUACUAAGGCACUAAGGCAACAUGUAACAACUUUUUAAGUUGAAGUACGUUGACACAACAAAAGUUCCUAUAUAUUUCCAGAAGUUACUAAAUGUUUCAUCAAUAGUUUGUUGCAAGCAACAAAAAUUUCUUAUUGUUUCAUGUUACCACAAAACAAUAUAACAAAUUGAUAAACAGGCAACAUGUAGCUACAAGUUUAUCAGUGUGAACUCAUUUUAGUCCAAUUGUUUAUGAAUGUUACUGUGAUUUUGUUGCCUAAAUGUGUACACCAUGUUUCCAAUAUUGCAAUUUGUUUUCACGUGUUAAGGUAAAAUAGGAUAUUAUAGACAACUUACAAGUCUAUGUUGCUUUAGUGUAAACCGGGCUUUACGAUACAUUGAUCACCCUAUAUACACAUAAAGCGUAACCUUCUUUAUUGUUUUUUUUCUACGAUUUGUUGGCACCUUAAUAUAAAUUUAAAUUUGUCCAAUGUCAAGGUAAACUGAAUAAUAUUAAAUUGUAAAUAAAUAUAUGAGGUAAAUAUUGUAGUAAAAUAUUAAGUGGGUAGAACAAAUUGUUUUCGGGCAAUACGAUUGUGGUAGUUAUUUAACAUUAUAACAUUAAUAACACUUGGUACCUAUAGUAAAUAAACCUACAUAAUUUGACGCUGCAAACAAAUAAAGACGUAUCUAGUUCUUUUUUUUAUUUUCAUUUUUUCUUUUUGCAUCUUGUCUCGUUUUUUCUCCCGUGAAAAUAGCAGUAUUCCUAACCUUUCAGGGAGCUUUUAAAUCUAAUCCAAUAAUUUAUAAGACCACAAUAUUAUUGCCUUUUCUUAUUUUGAGUUAUGUCUAUUUUAGAUUCUGAGCGAAGCAAGGAAUGUAUUGGUUUUACAAUGGUGUUUAUUUUUUUAUUUUUUUUUUUUUUUUAUGUGACACUUUUUCUACCUGAAAGCCAAUUAUUAAGUCUAGCAUCUUUUCUGGAAGGAAAUGUUCACUGGGUGGUACUUUAAAGAGGUCUUUUUUUAAAUUCUCAUUACAUUCAAGAUAAUGAAGAAAAUCUAGCUCUUUAAGUUAAAAAAAAAAAGAUUGAAAGAUUAAAAAUAAGGUUGUCAUUGGCAACCGUUUUUAUUUAUUUUUUUAUUAUUAAGUUUUUAUUAUUUUAAUCUUUUUUAAAAUAUCAUUGUUAUCAAGAAAAUGUUUCCUUGAUAACAUUGUAAUAAUUUCUUACCAUAAUAUGACAUAUAUAUUGUUGACAAAGCAACACUUUUUCGCCGAAAAGAGACUUAUCUUUUUAUCAAAUUAGUUUUUCCUUUGUAAAGACGUCACUCAAAAGUUAAUUAUAAAUAGAUCACCGAGAGAUAACUUAAAAAAAAACCAAUUAUAAUUUCCUAUUUAACUCUAAAAGAUACAAAUAUCUAUCACAAAAUAUGAAAAAUAUUAAAAAAUUAAAAUGCAGAAUUAUAAUUUUACUUUAAACUGUUGACCUGUAUAACGAUAAAAAGUGAAUUACUUCUUUUCUCGUUGGUAACGUCGAAUUAUUAGGUAAUAAAUAAUUUGCAAAAUGCUAUAUAAAUAUUUUGUGAAAAUUGAUUAACGUCUAUUUAUCUAUCUAUCUAUCUAUUAUAUAAUUUACAGCAUCAAUAACAAUAAUAAUAAAAAAUAGCGUUCAUUUUAAACAAAAUCAAUAUCACAAACCGGGUUCUGCCAAAAUAGCUGUAUUAUAUUAUAUAUCUCUUAGAAUUCGAUAAGUAUUUUUGCAAAAGUUAAAGCUUUUAUCAUAAUGUAGGGUUAUUGAUUUCAUUAACUAUAAUAUAAGUGAUAAUAUUACUUAUUAUAUAUAAAAAAAAUAUUAUUUCAUAUCGGUCAUGUAUACAUUUACCAAGUAUAGCCAGUGGUGUUCCCAUAGGGUGUACUACAUAUACGCCGUAUACUCUCAACAUUUUGUUGCAAAAUCACGGUUAUACUGCAUAUACUCUUAAAUAGUUUAAAAAAGAAAAAAUACUGUCCUAGGAUAAUGGGGACGGGUGCAGCCACUAUUGUAGGUGGAAAAUUGGGAAGGUAAGAAAAUAAUACAGAAGAGAAUUUCAUGUAUACCUGUGAACAACGAUAAACCAUUGCUAACGAAAAAGCGAUUAUGAGCGGAGCUCAAUUGAUAGUGAUGCUUCGUCAACAAUAUAUAUGUCAUAUAAUGGUAAAAUAAUUAAAUAGACAUUAUAUAUUAUCUUUAAUAAUAUUUUUUUAAUGUACCGAUUUUCCGUUUUUCCUAAGUUUUUCCCGGUUUUCCCGUGUUAUUUUUCGGUUUAUCAUAUUUGUUGAGAAAACUACUGGGAAAAUCGAAAAAUAGCCUCUCUAAAGUACCUACUCAGUCAGAUUUCCUUUUAGAAAGUGUUAUAAUUGUAAAUCAGAGCGAAAUUAAUGGUAGAAAAGUUGUCCAUAGAAAAAAAAAUCGUAAUAUUUUAUUAAUAUAUUUUGUAUAUUUUCCCGUUUUUCCUCCGUUUUUUUGUUUCGAAUUGUCAUAUUUGAUGAGAAAACUCCUGAGAAAAUCGACAAAUGAUUUCUUUAAAGUACCUCCCCCUACAGAUUUUCUUUCAGAAAAGGUGCUACACUUAAAAAUCGAUCAUAAGUUGUUCAUACCACUUAUGUCACCAAAACCGAAAUAGUAAUUAAAAUUGUGUUUAUUUCAGUAAUUUUUAUAAAUAACUGAAAAUUUCACAAUUUUCUUACGAUACAUAAAAUAGUACUUUAUUUUUAAAACUGUUAAGUUUUUUGUUUUAGUUAAAUUUUUUGUACACCUAAUUAAUAUCUAUUUCCAUGCAAACAAUAUAAUUCAUAAGAAAAAUAUAUAAAAUUAGGCGGUUCAAUAUACUCUUAAAAAAAUGAAUGAGAACACCACUGAAUAUAACCUAUGGACCCUUCUCAAUAAUGGACAUUUUUAAAUUCCCCGGCAAAAAUGUAUAUACAUAAUAGGAGUAAUAACCUCUUAAUAGUGGACACUGGACACACCUAAUAGUGGACGUGGAUACUAAAAUCCAGUACUAAAAUUAAAAAUUACCUCUCAUAAAUGGACACAGUAUAUGUACAUAACGAAAAUGUUUAAGUAAUAAAAAUACUAUAUUUAUCUUUUAUACAUCUUUUAUAUGUCUUCCUAUAGUGGACAUUUAGUAAUUUCUCGCAAAUGUCCACUAUAUAGAAGUUUCACUGUAUUCAUUUUAAUCGUUAAUUUAAACGAUUUAGGAUAUUCUUUUGGGUAUCCAUAAUAUAGUUGUAAUAAUUUCAUGUGGUAUUCCAUAGAUACUAACAUAAUAUUUUAACUAAUAUAUUUUCGAAAAUUUAAAUGUACCUAUAAUUAAUUUAAUUUGCUAGGAUUGAUUAAACAGAUUGAAUAUGCAAAAAUGUCUCGCACAUUUCAAAAUUUGUUUUUUAAAAUCUUAUGAUCCUGUAAUUAUUAUACAACUGUUAAUGUCUACUGCAGUAUCUCUUUAAAAAUUCUUAAAUCUGUUUUAAUUACAAUUAACAAUUCUAUUAUAUUCUUUUUUGUAUUCCGAUGAACACAUUAUGGGUUGGUAUAAUAUACGAGGACCAUCACUGACUCUCAAACAGGAAGUGUAAUUAUAAUAUAUCUACAGAAAGGGUGUGUGUGCAAAGAAAUAUACAAUGAUCUGUAUAUGCUUUUGUAUACGUUAGUUAGCGUUUUAUACCCUUCGCCCAAAGACAACACUUAUGUUUAAUGAAAAAAUUUACAAUAGUUUAUUUUAAACGUUUUAUUAAUUGGUCUUUUCCGUACGCAGUAUUAUUCUGAUUGACCGUCGCCGCCGCCGUAGUUUGUUUUUUAUUAAACGGUUUUUUGAACCACCGCACACGCAUUUUUCUUAUAUACCUAUAAUAAAAUAUAGCCAUAAUACUCGUAACCACGAUAUCUUUUAAAAAACAUCAUGUCAGAAGAUCAAUAAACCGCGAUAAAAAAUGAUGAUGGUGGUAAUAAUGUUAUUAAUCACCUAUUUUGGAAGUUUCGAAAAGUGAACCAAUAAACAGUUAUUUUUUUCUAAUGAUUAAGGGCCGAUAAUAAAAUGUUUAUUUUUCUCUAAUUAUAUGUCCCGCUGAAAUCGAAUUGAAAAAAAAAUUAAAAACGGAGUACACGGAGAGACAAUGUGUAUCAUAGACACCUCAUUUACAACAAUUAUUUUACUUUCGUUUUAUAUAAUCGAAGUUUCAACCACUACUUUCAUUAAUAAACACUAUUUAAAUAUAAAAUAUACGAUAUUUUAACAUAUUGUUUUAAAAAUAUUGAAUUUUGAAAAAACAAAAAUAAAAACACAACAUUUUACUAACUUUGUUAUGUUUGUUUACAGAUUAUAGGGUAUACUAUAGUACUAACUGCUUUUGCGUUACAACCCGUUAUAAAGAAAUUUGUUAACAAACUUAGCGGUUUUAAAAAGUUAUUGACUGUAGAUAUAUAUUUGCUGUUUUCGUUUGUUGGCGCAGUAAACGUGUGGAGAGGCUUAUGGAUAUUGUUGGACCAUUACUUCAUACCAGGUUAGACAUAUUGGCCAGUUAAUAUAUAUUAAAUAUUAUAGUACCUAUACUAUUUAGGUGAUAAUAAAGAUAAUCAAAUUUUUUUUAAUUUUUUUUAUAUAUAUAUUAUUCACUGUUUUAUUCUUAAUUUCCUGAAAUUGAUUAAAAGUGAGUUGGCCCUUUUUUGACCCAAGCCUCAGAUUUAUAUUGCAAUUAUUUUUUUAUACUUUGAUAAAAACUUAAAAUAAUAACUUUUUAUUUUAUUAUUGUUGAAAAAUUUAAAGAUGGCCAUUUAAUAAUUUAUUUUUCUGAACAUUGAUGUAUCUUGAUGUAUAAACUUUUUAUUUUCAUUAAAUUUAUAAUUUUAAAUAUUUUUUUUAUAAUUCAGAGAAAAGUACCUAUAAUUAUGCAACAUGCUAUAAUUGCAUUCUCUAAUUGAUUAUUGUUAUUACGAUUAAUUGAUUGUACAAUUCUUUUUUCUGAACUUUAAUAAAUUAUUAAAAAUCACGAAUUUAAUAAUAUAAAAAGUUGAUACGUCAAAAUGUUCAAAAGAAUUAAAUUGUAUAAAAUGGCUUUUUUUAUUAUUUUUUACCAAACUAUAAAAAUGAAUGGCAAUAUAAAUAUUUAUAGUUCUUAUCCCAGUGAGUUGUAUAUAAAAAAAAAAACAGAAUUUGAUUAUCAUUAUUAUCUACGGAGUUUUUACAAUGGGACACACUGUACACCAUCUUAUUAUUAUAUAAUGUAUAACGAUUGGCUUAUAAAAUUGUAAUAGACUACACUGUGCAGAUUCAACUUUUUAUGUCUAUGAAACUGUUAAAUAUAAAAAGGACCAUUAAAUACUGACGCACUAUGCUGGCAGCAUGCAUGUAUAGUUUAAUUACUCGUUUAAAAUUAAAAUUAUUUGUUUUAGUUUGAAACUCACCAUAUGACACUGUCAAAACUAAAUGGUUUUCAAACAUAAUAUUAUCUAUAAUUCAUCUCCAAAAAGUACAACUUUCAUUUCAUAUAUUUUAUGAUUAAUUCAACGAAUCACAUUUCUAUUUUAAUUUCUAUAAGAAUCAGGCAUUUAUACUAUCAUAAUAUUUAAGGAAGAAAAAUAUUUUCCUAUUUUAAUAAUAUUCUGGCAUAUCAAAUUAAUAAUAAAUAAUAAAAUACAAACAAUUUUGCCUUUUUAUAGAUGUUUAAUAAUGCACGUAAUCAAUCAUAAACGUAUUAUAAUAUAAUAUUUAUAUGACAUUAUUGUUAAUGAUUUAGAUUAAUCGUAUUUUAAAUUGUACAUAUUAAACACUAAUAUUUGUAAUUAACUUUUCAGAAGCCCCAGUUACCAGUUAUUGGAUUUCACAUAUAGCGUGUUUCGUUUUUCUAGUCUUAGUGAACUCCUCCAACUCAAUAUUGGUCCGAGGCGUUUACAUAGAUGCCGAAGAAGACGGCACUCAGUGUGUCGAUUUUCCGUGUUAUUAUGUGCGACUUUUGGUACAAGUAAGUUCUACGAUAUCUAUAUACAUGAUAUAUAAUAUUAUAAUAUAAACAUUAAAGUAUUAAACGGUGCACAUUAACAGUUAAUUAACCACUUUAAAAAAAAAAAUUUAAACAUGAGUGUACUUUGGUGACAUUUUAAUUCGCAAAGUAGGUAUCAUUUUUCUUUUAAUUUAUACCUUGACCCUGAAGUGAUUUAUAUUAUAAUACCUACCUGUAUACCCGAUAACUAUUAUAGUAGUCUGUAGACACAAUUUCGAUAAGAAAACUUUCUUUAAUCAAAAACCACGUGUAGGUAGGUUACUAACUGUUUGCGUUUUGGAUCUAUAGUUGUUGUAUCUUGUAUAAAAAAGGUUUUCCGUAUUUUGAAAUUUCUUAUACCUAUCUUGGUAUAUUUGAAAUUUUCGAGUUUUUUUCGAUUUAUUUGGAUAAAAUUAUUUUGGCCCCGAAAAUAAAUGCUCGGAAAUGUAAAUAAAAAAUAAAAAAACAUUCGAUAAUAAAUUCUGAAAUCUGAAGUACAUAAAUAAAAAUUUAUAAAUCUACUGUGAUCAUGUGAUGUCAAAAGCAGCUAUUCAAAUACAAAAUUAUGCUCCGAGAUAAUUGUAGAAGUUUUAAAUUCGAAAACUUGAAAUCAAUUUUUAUCACCUCAUGCUGGUACUCGACACAUAUUAUUUAAUGAUAUAAAUAAUAUAAUACUGUUCAAACACAAUGUCAUACAAACAAUGUUUUCUGAUUUUUAGUACACUUAUUUAGAAUAUCUAAUAUUUGUACUAUAAAUCGCAUACUGUAUUAAUUUUUAAUAAACAAUUUGCCAUAUUUAUGAUAACGAAAUCUGCAUAUUUCAUGGAUUUUUACAUAUAAAUCUGGACUAUACUUAUUAGUAAUGCGAUUAUUUAAUUACAAUAAAUGAAAUUAUUAUAUUAUUUCCUUUUCUUUUAUAUAGGUAGAUGUGUGCUUUUUAUACAUGAUCUUUGAUUCAUUUUUUGAUAACAUAAUAUUAUUAUUACUCGACAGGUACCUACGCAUAAUUAAGUGCGAAUCCAGUGUAAUUAUUAGGGGAGGGACUAUUUAUACUGUGGAUAUAAUGUAACAUCUGUAUAAAAUUUGAUAGGAAAAGUAUGUAUUCCAGUAAAUUUUAAAUAAAUAAACUUCCAAACAACAAAAAAUAUAAGUACCUACAUUAAAAAGAACACUGUCUAUUUAAAAUAAAUAAUAUUAAUAACAAAUAAUAAAAACAAUAAAAAAAUUAAAUAUGAACACGCAUAAUAUUAAACAUUUUAUGCCAAAAGUUAUACAUCAAAAUGUUUGAGAUUCGAAGCGUAGCACGGGAUCUAUUGAUUUUACUAUGAUGUGUUUUUUUUAAAAUUUUUUUUUUUGUAUUUAAACAACUUUUCGAAAAGAACACUUCCUCCAAUGUAUCAAGUGUGACAACUUUUCAGAAAGAAAAUUGUAUCUAGUUAGUUCAUUAAAUAAGUCAUUUUUUGAUUUUCCAAGGGGUUAUCAAAAUAAUUACGAAAAAACUGAAAAACAAUUUUAGGUAAAACCACAAAUAUUUACGGCCUACCAUAUGGCGUUAUCGAUUUCAUUGUAUUUUAUUUUUGCAACUUGUGUUCUACCAUAAAUAUUGUUCCAAUCGAAAAAUGACAAGACACUGCUUUUAUUCCUUAUAACAUGAUAUCCAUUGAAAAAGAAAGUCGUGUUUUGAAAUCCAAAAUAGUUUUCUUAAUAAUCAGGAAAAACCAAAAAAUACGAUUUUUUUUUUUCUUAUUACGAUCCACUGAUUUUAUUAUUUUAAAUUUGAAUGGCUUAUGUUUUCUUUCAUAAAUAUUUCUCCAGAAAAAUGCCAAGAGACGGUUUUUAUAGCAUUUGUUGGCACUCCUAUCCCUCCCUUCUUUGUAUCCGCACCUGCGAAAAAUAUAAUAAUUGCAUAAUAUUAUACAUUAUGUAUUUUAUUUUAUAUUAUGUAAUAGGUUAAUAAUAUUUAAUUAAGGACUGUGAUUAUAAAUUAUUUACACGAUAUUGAAUAACUUAAUACAGUAUAGGUAUAUAGGUAAAUAAAUAUACUAUCAUGUAAACUAUAGAAAUAUCAUUAUUAUUAUUAUUAUUAUUAUUAUAAUAAAUUAGUAUGAAAUACAAUUUUACAAACGCAGUUAUAUUUAGACCCACAAGUGAUUAGAUUAUUGAUUUAUAUAGACAAUAUGAUAGUAAUUCAAUAAUUGCAAGGUCAAUGCGCUUGAAAUUUUUGUAAACGAAUAAUAAUUAACGUCGGUUAUCAGUUUACAAUGUGAAUAUUUAUUGGUUCGGUGAAGCGUUGGAUUUAAGUGAAAUGUGUGAUCCAGAAGUAGAUAAUUAUAGCAAACUACCUAUAGGUUAAUUUCCUUUUAAUUAUAUUUGUCCUUAACAAAAAAAGUAUGAAAAAUUAAACAUAAUAUAUCGCGAGCAAUGUUUUUUAUUGAAGAUUUUGUAUACAUUUUUUUUUUUAUUUUCAAUCCUAUAAUGCCAUUUUUGUUCGACAUUCUAUAAUAUUUAAUAAUAAUUUUUUAAGAUUUUCCUCCCCCUACUCUCCUGCGUACCUACUGAUUAAUAGUUAAUAUAUUAUAUUAUUCGUCUAUAUUUUAGAAGAGGAAGCGAAGAAAACAAAGACAUAUCGAAGAAGAAGAUAAAGAAAUGAUGCAGAUUAAAGUCGGAAUAGACGAGCAAACAAAUAAUACAAACCAGAAAAUUUUACUUCCAAAUGAAAACGGUGGUACCAUAUUUAACGAAACGGAAGAACAGGAAGAAAUGUUAAACAGCACAGCUAAAAUAGUUUGACAUUAUAAUAUAACUGUUGUAUACCUAUCGCAUUCAACGUUUGUAUUUUUGAAUCCUAUACAUAUAUAUACAAAUGUAAAAAACGUAUCAUUUACGAAACAUUCCGAAUACUUCGUGUUCGUUUGAGUUACCCGAACAAUUAAUAUAUUUUUUUUUAUAUUGAUACAAAAUUGUUAUUAAUUGUUAUAAUAAUAUUAUGAUGUAUAUAAUACAAUUUAGCCAGUUUCAUUUUAUUUAUUUUUUCAUUGUAAAACGUCAUAAUUUAAUUUAGAUAUCGUAUGAAUUAUAUACUUUUUAUUUGGUAGUAUUAAUAAACGUACAUUAUCGACAUUCGAUAAUAACUUUUUGUAAAUACUACAAUUCUAUUAAUAUAUAUUGUAAUCAUAGUUGAUAAUGAUCAGUGGCGCCCAAACUAUACUUCGAGUGUAUCAGUUGCUACACAUAUUUUGGGCGAGUCAGUGUUUCCGAUAAUUGAGAUUUGGGAUAGUCGGGUAGAAUGAGUAUAAAAAUCCAAGGUUUAUCGUAGGUUGUAGAGGUUAGAAAGUAUAUAUUUAUACAGGCAAAAGUUGUUGAGGUGGGUGGUGGUUUUGAAUUUCAAAUUUUGCUACACCAUAAAAAUAUAGUUUGGGCACCACUGAAUUAAUUAUGUAUGCUGAAUUUAUAAAUGGUAUUAUUAAUUGCUAUUAACGUUGUGCAGUUUCCCAUUUUGUUUCCCAAAAGAAUUUCAUUGAACUAUAAGUAGAUAUAUAAUAUUGUUUAGGUAGAUUCUAACGAUGCCAUUUGAUUCUAAAACGGUGCAAUUUACUUAGAGAUAAGUCCCUUUAAAACUUAAAAAUCAAAUAUUUUAUAAUUGUGUCUAUAAAAAAUUGUAUAAGUUCGUAUUUAUUUUAUAAUUCAAUGAUUAAAACAUUUAAUUUAUACGGAAUAACUUCAUUCAUGAGCAAAUUAUAUAUUAACCUAAACCUAUUUAUUUUUGAGCUUAAUUAUUACUAAUAUUUGUUUAAGAUAUAAUUAGGCAUAUGUUUUUAGUUAAAGUGGGUUAAAAUUUUAAUUUAAGUGGGAAUAAAUAUUCGUUUUUGUAUGACAAUUUUUAAUACGAGCCAAUAAUUAUUUCUAUUAUAAUAAUUGUUUUAUUAUUUUCUAUUUGUUUUUUAUUAUUAUUCAUUCUUAAGUCGGGUUUACAA